AUGGUUAACGAUAUAAGGCUCCUUGGUGAGCACUUUGAUGAGGCAAGAAUUGUGGAAAAGGUCCUCUCCACUUUGUCCGAGAGAUAUGAGGCCAAGAUAUCCUCCUUAGAGGACUCAAGAGACCUUGCUACCAUCUCUUUGACUGAGCUAAUCAACACUUUCUAUGCUCAGGAACAAAGGAGAGCUAGCAGAGCUGAAGAUCACCAGGAAGGUGCAUUCAAUGCCAAGGCCAGAGAAGCCUCGAGCUUCAAAGCUGCAAGAGGCAAAAGGCCUUGGAAAAACAGCCUAAGAUCGACAUCAGAAGGAGUAAUGACCAGCCCUGCAGACAUUGCAAGAGGCCAGGUCAUCCAGAAGACAGAUGCUGGUUUAGGCCAGAUGCAGUAUGCCAACACUGCAAGAAGAAGGGCCAUGUUGAAAGGAUCAAAGGUUGAAGCUCGAGUAGCCGAGGACAAGAGUGACCAAGAAGAACAGUCUUUCUUGCUUUCUCGCUUAGCUGCUCGUAAGAAAUGCUCAAAAGGUCGUUCUUUGGGCGGUGGUUGCACUAACCACAUGUCACCAGAUGCCUCCUUGUUUAAAACCUUGGACGAAGUUAUAAAACCAAGGUCAAGGUUGGAAAUGCUCAACCGCCGAGAAAGGUUAUUCAUUGUGUUCAAGGACAAACAAUGCCACAUUAUCGAUCCAAGUGGAUCAAGCCUUAUGACGAUCACAAUGACCGAUAAAUGCUUUGAGGUUCACUGGGCAAAUGACUCAAACUCAAAGAUACACACCUCUGUUGAUGACUCCAAGCUUUGGCAUCAAAGGCUUGGACAUGCCAACUUCAGAUCAAUGGCUCGAAUGGCCAAAGAGGGUUUGGCGAGAACUUCACCACUCGAUGGAGCAUGA